AUGAGAUGCAACAAGAGAGCAGCAGUGCCAGAGCCAGAUCAAACACCCAAGUCCUGCCGGGCAUCACUUUCCACUCCCCCUGCCGAGAGCACAGGACGAGAAGUUAAAAGGUUAAAGAGGCGGAUUGACAUCGGCCAAGAAAGAAGGGAUGUAAAUAAAGAAGAAAAAAAGGACAUAAAGCAUGAUAAAGGAGAGAAACAAACUGACUGCAUUCCCAGGAGGAGUAACCAGUGGAUCUCCGUGAGGAGACUCCAGAAGGUGGAGAACAGUUUGGCCUUUGGGAUGGAGAUGCUACGUGACUUCAACAAGCCCUCGCCCUCCUUUUCCUCCUCCUCCUAUCUCCAGGCCUCCAUCCCUUCCCACACUGUGCCUCCUUAUUCCUUCCUCUCAGGGAUUCAGGCCCAUAAAGCAAGAGAAUCUGGGCAUGGACCUAAUCUGAGCUUUUUGCCUCCAAUUGACAAAAGGCUUUUUGUAUUAUUAAGAGAUGCCAACAUGUACUGCAGCAAGAAGACAUACAAGGCAGCUAUUACCUCCCUCUGCACUGCCCUGCAGCUGUCGUCUGAAGGCCAUGUGCUGAAGGACACACACUGUGCAGACCCUGAGGACAUCAACCUUGUCUUCAGCUACAUCCAGGCGAGGCUUGUGGUUUGCUAUCUGAAGAUGAGAAAACCUCAACUGGCCCUUAUACAUGCUCACAGGAGUAUCCAGCUGAAUCCGAGCCACUUCCAGAACCAUUUGCGGCAGGCUGCAGUCUACAGGAUGCUGGGCAAACCCUGCCAGGCUGCAAAGAGCGUGUUGACUGCUGACUGGCUGUAUUGUCUGUUGGGUGGCACUGAGCGCCAUAUCAGCAAGCAGCUCAAACUCUAUUGGCAGGCCAUGCUGUGCAAGGCCCGACUCACUGAGAAGGACAUCUCUGUGAUUUACACACCAUACUCUGGAGGUCCUACAGCCAAGGACAUCAGUCAAGCAGCUGAGGCCUGCAUGAAGCAGCAUCCUGGCUUCACUGACUUCAUAUACACAGACCCCAGAGGUGGCCACAUCCUUCCACAGACCACUGACUGGCUGUCUGCUUCUGCUGUACCCCAGAACUACCUCAUCACCCUGGGCUUUAGAAGGAGAGAGGACGGCCUCUUCCUCAAGAAAAUAUACUCAAGGAUCUGGCCUUUUCUCCCAGACAUAAGAGAAGAAGGAGUGCUGCUCCGUCCUCAGCAGCAACAGAAGCAAGAGGUGGAAAGUCAGAAGUUAUGUGACAUGUACAAGACAAUCCUCCCCAUCCUGGAUCUGAUGCAGGCCACUCAGAUUAAUUCAGGUGUGUGUGUGGGCUCAGGUCUGAUUGAGUGGCUUCAGUAUGGCAGCCUGCUGCUUAAAUUGGGCUACCACAGAGAGCACAGCACCAUAAUGCACCGCUGCCAGGCUCAGCUCGCCACCGCUCCCUACCUGCCACAGAUCAACACUCAGCAAGAAAACACACUGGUGUGUCAGCUGGAGGAUCGGAUUCACUCAGUGGAGAGAACAUACUUCUGCAAGAAAGUCCAGCUGCAUCAGUGCAGACAGGUGAACAAAGGAAAGCUUCUGGAUGCUGUGCAGCCAAUCAAACAGCUCAGACAACUGUGUGCUUGGUGCAGUGGGUGUCUCACCAUGGAGUCUCCCAGGGACUCAAGGACCCAUCGAGGGGGCUUCCAGGAGACCACCAGCCAAAUGAGGGGUAACUGA